AUUCUGUCAAUUUCAGAUACUCGGAUAACGGAAUUAACUUUUAAAAACCGCUAAAAAUGUAAUUUAAAAAUGAUUUUAACAACAAUUUUAACAACAAUACUUCACCUAAUUACAUUAUGUGGAACUCUACACGCCAACCACGAUUUAGAAGAAAUAGGAAGAGGCCAAUACCAACUACUAAAAGAAAAAUCGAACCUCCCGCUGUACGGCCCCUGCUGGACGCAGGGCGUCCAACUCCUCGAGCAGGGAUGCCACUCGCUCGGCGAGUCCCUGCAAAGCGAGCUCGCCCUGCACUUCACCAACUGCUUCCUGCGAAUGUCCGGCCACGAAACCUACGACUGCGAGCUGGACAAGAAGCCCAACCUGCGCGCCAUUUGCAUCAGCAACAUGUCCGAUCGAGCGUUCAACGUCUACGCCGAGUUCUACACGCACGUACAGAACAUCUGCAGCUUCCUGCAGGGCCACGUCUGGCACCGGCUGAUCACCGAGAACACCGUACACGUGGGUCUGAAGCUGAAGGAGACCGCGAGGAACCAGGAGGGGCUGUUGAAGGCGCAGCAGGAGAGCCUCGAGCUGCAGGAGAAGGUGCUGCGGCACGGUAGGAUAUUGGAGAACGUGCUGGACGAUUUGUUCGUGUCUUUUCAAACUCAUAAAGAUGUAUUGGGUAGUUUGUUCGAGACUGUAUCGGGGCUGCAAGAGUGGAUUAUCGGGGAGAUGUCUUGGUUCGAUUCGAUCGUGUUUUACAUCGUUUCGAUCGUACUGGUGUUCGUUUUAACGUCUUCGCAACGUACCAGCACAGCGAGGUUACUUAUGUUUGUUUUGUUAAUCAUCAAUUUUAUUUUAGAACGGAUUAUUUGUUCCGUUUGUGUGUAUUUUAUCGAGGGAGAUUCGUUUAAAAUGCAUUCGAGUGUUAAUAAGUACAUUUGGUUGGUACGAUAUACGUUUGUGGUUUUAACGUUGGUGAUAUUGGUUUAUUAUUUGGUUACUUGGUGUGACCCGUUCGGAAGGCAAGUGGAAUUGUUGCGGGUUAUUCAAGAGCAGAAUCGUGCGAUUUUGGAUAUUUUAUCGAAUAGGGAAAACCGCUCGAAUGUCGAUAGAAAAAGUGUAAAUAAUGAUGGAUUUUUAAAGGGUAAGGUGCAAAAUGAGUGUAAUGGGAGUAAUUCGAUGAAAGAAAACGAUAGAGUUAGUUCGGAAAGUGAGAAAAACGGCAGUUUUAAUGGGAAAUGCAGAAGGAUUUAUAAUCUUCGUAGUGGUAGUACUAGUAGAUGUUCUAGCAUAGAACCGUAAGUUACGGUUUCCGUAAAAGCGAAUGUAUAUUUUUAUUUUUGUAACUUUUUGUGAAUAAAUAUUUACUAAGUAA